CUCAUCUCCUUCAUCUACUCGGUGGUGUGCCUGGUGGGGCUGUGUGGCAAUUCCAUGGUCAUCUAUGUGAUCCUGCGCUACGCCAAGAUGAAGACGGCCACCAACAUCUACAUCCUCAACUUGGCCAUCGCGGACGAGCUGUUGAUGCUCAGCGUGCCCUUCCUGGUCACCUCGACUUUGCUCCGCCACUGGCCCUUCGGGUCGCUCCUCUGCCGCCUGGUGCUCAGCGUGGACGCGGUCAACAUGUUCACCAGCAUCUACUGCCUGACGGUGCUCAGCGUGGACCGCUACAUCGCCGUGGUGCACCCCAUCAAGGCGUCGCGCUACCGCCGUCCCACCGUGGCCAAGAUGGUGAACUUGGCUGUCUGGGGCUUGGCCAUCAUAAUCAUCUUACCCAUCAUCAUCUUCUCCAAGACCGAGGCCAACACAGACGGCACGGUAGCUUGCAACAUGAUGAUGCCCGAGCCCAAGCAGAAAUGGCUGGUGGUCUUCGUGGUCUACACCUUCCUGAUGGGCUUCUUGCUGCCCGUGGUGGCCAUCAGCCUCUGCUACAUCCUUAUCAUCGCCAAGAUGCGCAUGGUGGCGCUCAAGGCCGGCUGGCAGCAGCGCAAGCGCUCCGAGAGGAAGAUCACUCUCAUGGUCAUGAUGGUGGUCAUGGUCUUCGUCAUCUGCUGGAUGCCUUUCUACGUGGUGCAGCUGGUCAACCUCUUCGUGGAGCCCGACGACGCCACCAUCAGCCAGCUCUCGGUCAUCUUGGGUUAUGCCAACAGCUGCGCCAACCCCAUUCUCUACGGCUUCCUCUCGGACAACUUCAAGCGCUCCUUCCAGCGGCUGCUCUGCCUCAGUUGGAUGGACAACGCGGCCGAGGAGCCCGUCGACUACUACGCCACCGCCAUCAAAAGCAGGGCGUACAGCGUGGAGGACUUUCCUGCGGACAACUUCGGGGAGUCUGGCAGCACGUACAGGAACGGGACCUGCACCUCUCGGAUUACAACCCUCUGAGCAAGAGAGGACGGGAUAAAGAGAGGGGGAAGGGAGAAAGACUUCUUUUUUCUGCCUCCCACCCAGAAAUAAAGAGGCCAACUCGAGGAGGGGUGGAAGGAGAGCGCAAAUCAGACAGGGAAAGGGAAAGAACCAGGGUAAUAGGGAAGGGGAGAGAAGGCAGGCCUCCCCUUGACUGCAAGGGGAAAUGUUUGGGCCCUCCACCCCACCCGUUGGCCCCUCCUUCAGUUUCCCUCUGAGCUGGCCAGAUCAACCUGGAUCCCUGACGGCCCUUUUGCAAACACCUGGGACUUUCUGAGCAGUCAACCCACAGUUCUCCCGAGAAUAUUUGGAGUACAGGGAGGCAAGGAGUGUGGUCUCAUUUGGGUUGGUAAAAAGGUCCCCCCCUCUUGUUGUUAGUUUGGGGAUUUGGGUUUGGUGAAUUACUGUCCCCAUCCCCGUGAUGUUUCUUUGUCCCCCGUCAUUUCUCUCCCCUUGCUUCUCCGAGGAUACCCCAAAGUGAGGUCUGCGGGGGGCGCUGCCCUCAUCCCCGGGCGCACAGCGAGACGCGCGGGAGCUCCCGUGGUUGUGGUCUUUGCCUCGCAAAAUAAACCAAGCCAAAUCACGAUCUCGGUUGUCUUUAUGCGUUUAUGCAACAUUAGGAUACUGAUGAGAGAAAGAAAGACAGAGAAGAAAAAAAGUAAGAAAGAAAGCCGUGCCAGCUCUCAGAACACAGCCUUUAAAUUCAAGGAUAGGGCCUAAAAUGACAAAAGGUGCGUGUAAGCGUGUGGCUUUUCAAUUUGGAGGUUGGGAAGCAGUUUUAACAUGUUCAGUCGUCCGGGCAAAGCUCCGUCCUUUACAGCCAGCAAGUCUUGGCUGGUACUAAUCCCAGCUCUCAAAUCAUCCCGAAUUUCAACCU